AUGUGGGACACCGAUUCUGUAUCUGACACUUGUGGCAAAAUUUCAAUAAGCAGUGGAAGGACCUGGAGCUUAGGGGACUGCUAUGGGAGUGUGCUAGAGCUACAACAUUUCAAGAGUUUAAGGUACAUAAAGCCACUUUUUUUUGAAACUGGAGUUAGCUUACAUGGACUUCUUUCCCAACUAUUAGCUGUUGAAUUUCAGGAAUACAUGGAUAGGAUAAAGCGGCUGAACGAGGACGCAUGGAAGUAUCUUGACAAGUGGCCAAGGGAGGCAUGGACGAGGUCACAGUUCAGGCACAACCCGAAAUUGGACUCGAUUUGCAACAACGCCUGUGAGGUUUUCAAUUCAAAGAUCAAAGAAGCAAGGGGCAAGCCUAUACUUACUCUUCUAGAAGAGGUGAGAAUGUUUGUCAUGAGGACUAUGGCUAAGAACAAGGUUAAGUUGGACAAUCACCUGGGGCUGUUACCACCCGUAAUCAAAAGUAGGUUAGAAAAGGUGAGGAAAGAGUCCAGACAUUGGCAUGCUAUAUGGUCUGGAGAUACUGGAUAUGAGAAGUUUGAGGUCCAUGGGCGUCCAACAAAUCAUGUGGUAGACCUGGGGAAAAGAUUAUGUACCUGCCAGUUCUGGAUGUUAACAGGGAUUCCAUGCGUUCAUGCUUGUGCAGCACUGGCCAGAGUCAACAAGCACCCAGAGGAUUUCUGCCAUAAGUUGAUAACCAUGGAGUCUUACAAGGAAACAUACAAGUACCACAUCAAUCCUAUACCUGGCCAAGCCUUCUGGGAACAAAGUCAGUUUAACAAGCCAUUGGCACCACCAAUCAAGAGGAAGCCAGGGAAUCUUCAAACAAAGAGGAGGAAGGACUCAGAUGAAGUCUCAAGUUCUAGCAAGAAAUCUAAGCCAGUAACAGCCUUGAAAAGACAGCUUCGGCCUUUCACAUGUAAGUACUGCUUGCAAAAGGGUCACACCAAGAGAGGAUGUGAAAAGAAAAGAGCAGCUGAUGCUGCUCAAGCUGCAGCUGAUGCUGCAGCUGCUGCAAAGGCAGCAGAGGCUGCUAAAGCCCCUAAAAAUGCUAGUGCACAAGCAACUGCAACUGCCCAGUGCCACUGCAACUGCUACUCCAAAUGCAACUACUACUGCUACAGCUAUGGCUAA